UUGUUACUAGGACUGACAGAUCUCACGGAGACCAGCGUCCUGAGAGCUGGUUCCAAAGGGGGAAUUAAAGCCUUCCCACAAUUAUUGAAUAUGCAAGUAUCGACUGAGAACCGAUGGGAUAAGGAAGAAACUAGAUGCAGUAAAGAUUAGACUAAUUACUGCUUUCCUGUUACAAUAAAUCGACUGAUUAGCUUGUUGUAAAGUUAGCUAUCUCUAGCUCGUGGUUCUAAUUCCACGGUUACGUUAGUGUCUUUUGCGGCAGAGACAGAAAUGUACCCUAUAUUUAUGAAGCUAUCUGCAUAUUCGGCAUUGCCAUGGCGAAGGGACGAUGUGUGCUGCAUUGAUUGAUGCUGUAGACUAUUCGAUUCAUUUUCUGCGUUUCCCCCCGUUCACCGGACUGUAGUGUGUCGACACCCGAGUAUUGCUUAAUAAUGGCCGGUCGCCGUGGUUGUAUGAACUCGCUUUGGUCCGGAAGCGAACGGGUUCGCUUUGGAGAGCGUCUGAAAGCAAGUCUGGCUGGAAUACUGGAAUUGGACCUACUGAGGUUCCGACACCUGGAAAUGGUUGAGGGAGCGCUGGGUCGAAGAGAUGGCACUGAACAGCAGCGGGGAAACAGUGAGUGGAUUUCCGCCGACGGCACUGCAAGGUCCCGCAGGCAACAGGCUCAGCCUGAGUCAGGGAUGCCCUGCUUCAGCGGUUUUGGGGACGGUAUUGACUCCCGUUGGUCCACUUUGUCCUGGGACAUUCCAUCCGACCCGCUGUCCCCCCCUACCCCGGACCUCUCCAUUGCCGCUCAGCUGGACUGCGAUUCCAGGCCCAGUUCAGGUUUCUAUUCUGUCAGCGGGAGCUCCUUGUCUGACUCCUGCUGCUCCGUUUGCAGCGAGGGGGCUCAGGGGGCACUCGGGGGGGCCGGAGGGGUCAGGAGCAGCUGGGGGCCCGUGGACUGCCGGCCUCUCUCUGCAGAUCACAGCGCCUCCCAGUGCCGGGAGUGCAGACAGCAGCCAAACCAGGGCGCGACGGAAGAGAAGGGAGAGAGGAGACCGGUCUCGGCAGGGGACCUUGAAGUCAGUGGCCUCAUAUUCUUGUCUGACCUUUGCUCUGGCGUAGGACAUUCACAGCUGGGCUCAUUCUGCCAGAAUGCAUCAAAUCAGGCUCGACUUCAGCUGGACCCCAAAUUCUGCUCAGACUUGGUGUCCCGCAAGACAAAAGAGGUGUACCCCUAUCCCAGUCCACUUCAUGCAGUGGCUCUCCAAAGCCCUCUGUUCACUUCAUCUCAAGACCCUGCACCUGCCAACCCAAACCCACCCCCCUCCUCGGAGGUAAAUCGGCAAGGCGAGCCGAAAACCGAAGCCUCCGUGCUGACCCAACAGCAGGCCCCGCCAAACCUCUUUCAGCUCGAUCAGUACAUUUCAAAGCUGGUCCUCCAGUACCAUUCCAGGUCCACCACAGACUUAAGUUCCAGACCUGGUUCUCGGAAGUGGAGCUCUGGUCCCGCACGCGGGUCAAGCCAGUCACUGACUUCUUUUGACAGCCAUAGUACAUCCUCAACCAUGACCGUGACCCAGCGCAAAUCUUUCUUCGGGAACUCUGGGAGUGUCGGUGCAAGCAGCAACGGAAAGGGGGGCGGCAGCUGCAGGAACUCCAUCAAUUUGGGAAACCUGUCAUCCUUGAAUGGGGAGAACUUGAAUUUAAGUUUUCAUUUAAAUCUGAAUUUGAAUUUGAAUCCAAAUUUGAAUUCAAACUUAAGUUUGGACUCUAACAAUGUGAAGGAAGUGAUGGGAUCAUACAACUACCUGGAAAAUGACACCCCUGCCCAUACUCCCCCCCUCACUGCUGCCACUUCGACCACUUCCUCCACGCCGUCGACCUGGAGAGGCAGGAAACGGAUCUCGACCUGCCUGCAGACGGUCAGUCACCGUGGGUCACUGGAGAUAAAAGGGACAGGCUUCAGUCCACAGACCUUCUCUCGGUCCAUGGACUGGAGCGGCCUGUCGCAAGAGCUGGAGGAAAAUCCGCCUAAGGUCUGUGAAGGCUCUCCCAGGAUCAGUGAGAAUUCAGCCAAGAUCUGCGAGAUAUCUCGGGUUUCGGGGCUCCCUCGGUCGGUGGUGGUGGGGCUUCUGGAAGAAGGGGUGGAGCUGGAUGAAGACUGUUUCAGAAGUGAGUCAGAGAGGGGUGAAAUCGCUGAGGCUUAUCCAGACGGGACACCAGCCACUAGCCCCUCCCCAUACUCCCACUCCCAGUUACCGGAGUCCGAUCAGCCCGUCUCCCACUCAAACGCCUCGCUCCAGACCCACUCGGCAAUUUACACGGACCUCCACCUGCCCCCUCCCUGCCCUGCUUCCUUCUCAGAUGGCCUCUCCACACCCGUUGCCCACGGCCAGACCGUCCACGCGGCCAGACAGUCCACGCCGACGGCCCGCUUCGACUGCCACCCCUCCGCGCUGGCUCAUCCUCUCCCCCAUCCCCUCUCUCACCUUCAGACGCCGUCUCCGCCCGGCUCCCCCUCCGGCUCCCAGCUCUCCGCGCACUCGGCUCAUCCCGCCGCCCACUCCCCGUCUCCCUCGCAGUCACGCUCUCCGUUUAUGCCUGCGCCACUCUCGGUCUUCCACCGCGACUCUCCCUCCCAGUCCUCCCUCCCCCGCUUCCGCGUGCACAGAUCCCCGCUGGAGGGCGACUGGCGGCCGAGGGGAGGGUCGCUCAGGCAGGAGCCGGGGGCGGGCUGGGAGUCCGGGGGAAGGGGGUGGAGGAGAGCAGAAGGCGAACGAUUAUAUCAGGGCAAGCAUGUCUCCCGGGAGCUUGUUAGGGCCUCGACGGUAAGCAGCUUUGCUGGGAGAGAGAGCUGUAACAGGUGGGAGGAGGAGACGGAGGGUGAUCUCGGCAGCACCACGAAAAGAGGCACGAGUUUUCGGAAGAGGUUAGAGGGGCUGUUCGGGGGAAAAGAGAAGGAGAGGGGGGUAAGCAGCAAGAGAGACGGAGGGAGGCAGAAAACCUCAUCAGACAAAUCGUGCAACAGUGACAAGAAAGGAAAGACUGAGGAAGAGGGGGCGCCAGAGAACCCCUCAAAACACAAGGGGAGAGGUUGGAGCAGCCGCAGUUCUGGUCUCCGGCCAGCAGGGGGGCUGUUCCGCAGCGAGUCCCAGGGAGUGUUGGACCGGCGGUUCCACAAGCAGAGCUCCAAGGAAAGGCGACAGCAGUGGGUGUCGUCCCUGGAGAUCGCCCGGGCUGGGGUGGAGUACAGCUCGCAGGGCCUCAGUCUGGAGCGGGCCAGAGCUUUCGGCGGCGGGGGCGAGGACGAGCGCCUGUCCUCCACCGCCAGCCUGUUCCACCUCUCCCGCUCUCAGAGUCCAGAAGGUAGCUGUCUCUCCCUCUCCCCUCUCUCUUCCCCAUCCCUCUCUCCUCCACCUCCGCCGGCGCGCAUGACACGCUCUCGCUCCUUCCGAGAUCUCGGGAGGAGGGUCUUCGGCUCGGUGAAACCUUUCGGCUUCAAAACCCAGAGUCUGAGAAAAUGAGGUUGUGCCUCAAGCACCCUGAGCACAAGAAAAGCAUUUAAAAUAUUGCAUGUCAAUAGUAUUUCUCUCUGAAGAUUUCUGUUAUCUAUACUUAUUCAGCGUUGAUACAUUUUGUUGCAGCCUGGAGAUAACCAACUGAGUUUCUAGUGGGAUGUUUAGUUUUUUUUUUUUGUUAAUGCUGUGGCCUAUGUCUGCUUCUGCAUGUGAUCCUGUGGGUGGGUGUGUAUGUGUGCAUUGUGUCUCAGUUGGGAUGUGUCUGUGUGCCUUUCUGUAUCUUUGCUGUUUAUUUAUCCACUAGGUACAGACAUUCAAUAAUGAUUAUAUUUUGAAAUAAAGCGAAGAUGUAACAAUGAGAAAAAGAUAUUCAGAUUGAUUCAGGGCUGUUGUUUCUGAAAUAAAAUUUAAAUAAAAAGCUAUGGAAGUUUCUA